AAAAUACUAUAGCAUUCCCUUUGGCUGUCAUCUGACUCCUAAUCUUAUCUCCCAACAACAAAAUGGUGAAGCAAAAGGAGCGGGAUGCUGUUUGUGCGCUGAUACCCGAAUCUGAAAUGCUCGAGCGGCACAAGCGUCACCUCAGUCGAAUGCAUGAUGUGGCCAUCAGCAGGGGAUUCAUCAACCAUUCACUCAACCAGUUCGAUGAACUGGAGAAGGAACGAACUCGUCAGGAGCACUGGGAUGAUUAUGUGCGCUGCGAUGAGCUGCCGCGACCCUUCAACCCAUCGGAAAUUCGCAGCUUUAUAGCCAGAGAACGGCACUACGAGAACCUUGAAGCGGACAAAUCUAUAGACUGGACACUGUCGGUGGAUGAGUGCAGUAUCCUCACUCAGAGCAUUUUCAGGACGGACCGCACCCGUCGUACGCUGAAGAAGACAUUGGCCAUCAAUCCGGCGGAGUACAUCGCGAGGGAUGUGCAGCUGUGCCUGGAUACAUUGAGGAAAUUGGAUAUUAUGCUGGACAACGAUGUGGAGCUGCAGCGAAUGAAUAUCAAGCGGCUGGAGGAUAUAUUGCUGGUUCGUGGCGACAUCGAACGGGAGAUUGUCAGCCUCUUUGAUCGUCUUGCCUAUCGGAUUUUGGGCACGCAAGGAGCCUACAUGAACACUGUGGAUGGUAGCGUGGCCACGUGGAGCUACAAAUGUCAGCCGUGGGCCAUGGAUAUUUGGGGUCUGCUGAUAGCACCCGUGCGCUUCGAUCAAAUGGAAAUUCCUGCCAUGCUGGCCAAGCUCAGCCUCACUGGUGUCUCGGUGCAGAUGCCACUGAGUGUGCUGAAGGACUGCCUCACCCUGCGCUGUGUACACACCAGUUUCGAUAGCUACUCGCAGAAUGCAAAGAGCUAUGUGCCCGUGGUUACCGAGUCCACCACCUACCCCACAGCGGGUAUAGUGGAUAUCGAGAACUCGGCGGAGAACGAGUGGCUGCUGCAGCUGGACAUACAGCAGGAGAUCUUGGCCGAAAUGAUACUCAAGCGGCAGCAUUACGACGAGCUCAUGGUGCUUAUAACCGAAAAGACCGAACAGGCGGCCAAAGCGGCGAGAUCGGGUGCUGAUGCCAAUGGCGUGAAGUCGACAGUACCCAAGGCCCCAAAGGAGCCGCCAAUGGUGCCGCCGGGCAUGGUGCCCGACAUCUACGAUGAGUUCAUCAAACGGGAGGACAGUCAGUACAAAGGAUUCCUCGAAGAGGUGUACCAUCCCAUGACACUCGACCUGACAGAAGAUGAGAUAAAUCUCCGACAACGCAUUAUGCUGGGCGGCAUUUAUUCGCUUAUGUUUGUGGGUCGACCUGCUCAGACGCAAUUCGAGAAGUUCAACAUUAUCCUGCACGAUGAUGGUCGCGUUCUGCGCACUAUGCCGGAAGUGGUGGCCGGCCUGAAAGAUCCCCAGGAUGAGCUCAGGGCCUCGACUCUGGCAGGGGCUAGGGUAUCCCGCUUCCGCUUGACUAUGGAGAAUGUCAACAAUAUGAAAUUGGAUGAAGAUGAGCUGCCGUACUUCAAUGUCGUUCUGGAGCUGGCGCCCAAGCUUUGCCAGUGGGGCGAGCCCGUGGUCUGCCAGUACUUGACGAGCCUGGAGCCCAUCGAUCCUCAUAGGUCGUCCGUAACGUCGCUUGCCCACAUUGCCACCGAGAAGAUCAAGAAGGCGGCGCCAAAGCGACGCAUGCCCAAGGAACACGAUGUCGAGGGUGGGCCGAGCGCCAAUAUCUUUCGACCCUCUGUCAGGUCGAGCAUUGGGUUACUUAGCAGGAUCCAAUCUCAGUCUGAGAGGUCUGCUGGGCUGGCCAACUUCUCGCUGAACAGGUACUUGGAUCAUCCGCAAUUGUGGAGCUUGGAACGGCACUGUCUGCCGCGCCUGCUCUCCUCGUUCAAGUUUCCCGGCGAGUUUAUUGAGGAGCUGAAAGAGACCUUGGCCAACCAGAAUCAAAUGAAACCGAAGGGUCUAGUCCGACGACACAGUGUCGGGCAGGACGAAGAAUUGGAGGUGCCAAAUGUUGAGAUGGAUUUCGAAUCGCAGCACGGUCCGGAGCGCCUCUUUCCCGUAUUCGAUUUGGUCGAGAGUGUCGUGUAUCGCGAGGAAGCCUCCAAGGAUGGCGAGACAAUGUACGGCUUGUUGGCCACCAUUCAGGACAUCAAGGACAAGUAUCUGCUGAGGCAGCCGAUUGUCGAGCCCAGCCUGAUGUCUGCACAAAAAUCGACAAUCAUGCUGGAGGAGCCGGGACCCCUUACACGGGCGCCAGCCAAAACUAAAGCGCACAAACAUAAAUCAAGACCACACCAUUCGCAUUCGAGCGUUGAAUCAGGCCAAUCGGCAUUCUCGACGGCACACGAGCAAUCGAUGGAGCAUACGGAACCAAUGCAGGAGGUCUUGCACUGGACAACGAAACACAUUGCCCAGACGACAUUCGACAGGCCGAACCACACGAUGAGCAUUAGGACAGAUCGUUUGGGUAUUUUCGGACUGGCCUUCAAGCGCUACGAGCACUUCCCCUUCGGCGACUGGUCGCUGCAGCCCAACGAGGAGAAUCCCGAUGAGAUCAUUCUCCAGUUGGAUACAUUUCAUGUGCGAAUAUAUUUCUACAUUACCGCGAAGGGAGUGCGCGGCUAUGUAACGGACUUGAGCAAGGCGUACACGGCGAAGCCUGUCAAAUAUAUAGAAAUACUAGAGCCUGUUUCCGAUUUUCGUGAACUGCGGAAGAUUUUUGUGGAGAAUAACAUCAACAUUUUUGCGGAGAAUGAUGCCAGUUUCUAUAUCGAAAGGGAUUACUUUAGCAUCAAGCAUGUGGCCACAGAGCACCACACAUACGAUGUGAUGGGCCUCCAGUGUAAGCUGAUGAAAUUCUAUCGUUCCCGCUGGAAUCCAUUGGCCACUCGUCGCGACAUUAUUGUGGCCAUGAAGAAUGCCAAAGAUCAUUCCGAGUUCUCGGAGGUAACAGUGCGCAUCACACCCGAAAGGACCAGCUUUGUGGAGGUGAAAGAGCUCUGUUCGGAUGACAUUGAUGCCAUUAAGCUGCAGUAUGUGGAAACCUGGCGAAACAUAAGCCUGCACACACAGGUACAACCACACAUAGAAAGAUUAGCUAGUUCCUGUAGGAUAUACCACAACAUACAAGAAUGGCAAAGCAUCAUCGAGAGGCCGCCUAUAAUCUGAUCACCGAAGCUGAACAGCUGGAGCACCAGGAGCGGUUUGUCAGUCGAUUGCAAGAUAUGGCAGCCAGCUGUGAAUUCGUAAAGCGUAGGAUCUGAUGAGCAGUGA